AUGUCUGCGGCUCAACUGGACUUCUACUACGAUAUCGACGACGACUUGGGCGCUCUGACCCAACCCACCUCCAGCCACCACCACAUGGUCGCCCAUACACAUCUGGCCCAUAACUUGACCCAGGCACACCCUCAGUCGGCCUACACAACCCCAGACCUGUACAUUUACUCCAACUACCCGUCACACACCAGCCACGUGACCUCAGACGCCCGCGACAACAGCAGCCGGCACUUUACUCCCUACUCCAACUCCAGCUCCAAUGCUUCUUCUACCUCUGUUGAUUGUGCCACUACCUCGACUAGUCACACCCAAGGAGACUCUCCCCGAUCAACACAACUACUGACCCAACCCAUACCCAGCUCCUCUGCUCCCCAGGUGCUCACGCCGACCACGUCAAUCACUUCUUCGGCUCUCACUACCCCCACCUCUACCCUCACUUCUCCGCCUUCUUCGGCUACUUACCCUCUUCCUUCCGUGCCUCGAAAGAGAAGCGUGGAGUUCAUCAGCCACGAGAUUAGCAACACUAGCGGCGCUCCUCUGGUUCUGAGUCAGCCUCCCAAGCGUAACCAUGCCAACAAGCGUCACGUGAGCGACGCGGGUAUUGUCCCCAACUCGGAACCCAUUUACUACUACCCCAAUCUUGUUUCUCCAGCAACAGAGACCUACGACGAGUACCCCACAACUACCAUUUAUGAUUCUAUUCAGGAAGAAAACCAGACCGUCCCCGUGACCAGCCACAUGACUUCCCAUCCCGUCAUGUGGAACCCUGCCUACACCGUUCUCCCCAGUCAAAAGGUGUAUCAAUCUCGCGACAGACACAAUUCCGACUAUGGCUACGACUAUGGCUAUGACCAGAUGCGACGAGUUUCUGGGAGUGGGUCUGAGUCGCGAAAGACGUCGGAAACAGGCUCUUCCACCUCGGAGCAGGUGGCAUCGGGUUUCAUCAACUACACCCAGCGAGAUGGGCCCAAGCUGAUGACUGGAGUGGCCCCGUCGGGGGCCCAGAAAACCAAGCAGAAGCGAGAAGCGGAGGCCCGAAGGCGAGAGGCCGAGCGACGUGAAAAGGGAUAUUACUAA